CUGUGACGCUAGUUUCCGGCGGGCUGCUUAGAGCGCAGAACAGCUUUGGGCCAAAGGACCAUGAGAGGGCCGGAGGCGGCUCCUGAACCAACGAUGGAGGGAGACGUGCUGGACACACUGGAGGCGCUGGGGUAUAAAGGACCAUUGUUAGAAGAACAAGCCCUUACAAAGGCUGCAGAGGGUGGAUUAUCUUCACCUGAAUUUUCAGAGCUCUGUAUUUGGUUAGGCUCUCAAAUAAAAUCGUUAUGUAACUUGGAAGAAAGUAUCACGUCUGCUGGAAGAGAUGAUCUAGAGAGCUUCCAGCUUGAGAUAAGUGGCUUUUUAAAAGAAAUGGCAUGUCCAUAUUCUGUACUCAUAUCGGGAGACAUUAAAGAUCGUUUAAAAAAGAAGGAAGACUGUUUGAAGCUUCUAUUAUUUUUAAGUACAGAACUUCAAGCUUCACAGAUAUUACAGAACAAGAAACAUAAAAAUUCUCAAUUAGAUAAAAAUAGUGAAAUUUAUCAGGAAGUUCAAGCUAUGUUUGAUAUACUUGGUAUACCCAAGUCAACAACUUCUGACAUUCCGCUUAUGCUGAGCCAAGUGGAAUCAAAGGUGAAAGAUAUUCUCUCAAAAGUCCAGAAAAAUCAUGUGGGAAAACCACUGCUGAAAAUUGAUUUAAAAUCGGAACAGGCGGAACAACUGGAAAGAAUCAAUGAAGCUCUCUGCUGUGAAUAUGAGUGCCGCCGGCGAAUGUUAAUGAAACGAUUAGACGUGACAGUCCAGUCAUUUGGAUGGUCUGAUAGAGCAAAGGUAAAAACAGAUGAUAUAGCAAGAAUUUAUCAGCCUAAGCGUUAUGCUCUGUCACCCAAGACAACAAUUACAAUGGCGCAUCUACUUGCUGCUCGUGAAGAUCUAUCCAAGAUCAUUAGGACAAGUAGUGGUGCCAGCCGGGAGAAGACUGCAUGUGCCAUUAAUAAGGUGCUGAUGGGAAGAGUGCCUGACAGGGGAGGCCGGCCGAAUGAAAUUGAACCACCACCCCCAGAAAUGCCCCCUUGGCAAAAGAGACAAGAAGGCGGCGGUGGGAGGGGUGGUUGGGGUGGUGGUGGUGGUGGUGGUGGUAGAGGUGGUGGUGGUGGGGGGGGAGGAAGAGGUGGCUGGGGAGGUGGAGGUGGGGGGGGGGGGGGGGGUAGUGGGGGAGGGGGGGGCUAUGGUGGAAGAGGCUAUGGAGAUCCAUAUGGAGGUGGUGGUGGUGGCGGUGGUGGGGGUGGAUAUAGAAGAUACUAAAAACUACAAAAACUAGAUAGCAGUGCUUGCUUCUUUAUAGAUAUGUUAGACAUAGUGUUCUAAAUAACAUACUUGAAUAUCAUCUUUGAGGUAAACACCAUGUUAGACUUCCUGGUGAUACCAUUCUUGAAUUGGUUAAUAUGUAAGAACAAUGUUUUUUACUACCAGUUGAUCUCUCAAAUGAAGUGAUGACUUUUUCCAUAUUCUGUGUACCCUUGAGCAUGUUGUGUCUUUUUAAAAAACAAAAAAGAACAAAAAUUAUUUUUUAAACUGUAAAUAUUUAUUACCAUCAAACUUGGAAAAUGGAAAGUAUUUUAUUGUCAUGAUUGAAUUUAGAUUGUUACCUGUAUUUUGUUCAGGUUUGAGACUUAAAUGAACCCACCUGUAAUGGAAAGGAAUAUAGACCCUUGCCUCACCUGUAUUGCUGUGCAUGUGUUUUGUGGAUUUUUUCGUUCGAUUUUACAAAAUAGGGAAAGGCACUUACAGUUGUGUUUAGUAGGCAGUUGUUGUGAAUCAUUUUUUUCUCUUAGGAGAUUCCUCUCUAGCCAUGUUUCUGUUAAAGUUUCAUUAAUUGAAGCCCAAGUUUACUUUUCACUAUACAUAUUUAUUGUCUAAUUGGAUUUGAAAUCUUCAUGAUCUUGUUUGACUGACAAAGCAUAGUUAAAGAUUGAGGUCAGAAAUACUUUAACAGAGCAAAGACACCUACCAACUUUACAUGAUGGUGUGAGAAAUAGUCCUAUAAACUGGUCUCUUCAUGAUUUAUAUUCUCACUUUAGACAUCCAAAUAUUAAAAGGCAGGCUGACGUGUAUCACACGGGAUUAAGGCAGUAAUUUCCAGCUUCAAUAGAUCAAGGGUAGGGCUAAGGCAUCCGUUGGUAAUUCUGAUUCACAGCUAGAUUUGGGAAACACAAAGUUAGGGAAUGGCUAUAUGUGGUUUGCUAGUUGGAACAAAGUCUUAGUUAUCAAGAGUUGUGAAUUUGAAUCGUGGCACUAGGUUAGGGUGCUGUGGGUUGAAAUGACCUUAGUUCUCAAGGAGCGAUUUGUCCUCAUUUGUCAGAUGAGGAAUGAGACACUUACCAUCAUAUCACGUUGUUUCAUAAAGACCUAAGUACAAAUGCAAUUUGUUAAAAACUUACAGAGGGCCAAUUUUGAAUGCUUUAAGAUGUAGGCCAAGUAAUGCAUUUUCCUUAGUGUAAAGAGUUAAAGAAAAAGAGCUGGUAACAUAAAUGUUUUCCAUCUCAGUGUAAAAUCUGUAUCUCAUUGUAGGCUUCUGGUCAAUACCUCUGCAUAACAACUUUCUGUGAUCUAACCAACUCAGGUGAUAGAAAGCUGAAUUGUUACCAGUGGACAAGUGGUAUUAGAUGUUUAGCAGGUUUUUUGUUGUUGUUGUUGUUUUGGUUAUCUCUGUGGUAAAAUCUAAAAUAAUGUUAAAACCUUAAAAGUAAAUAUUGAAUAUUCUGUAAUCUUAGACAUGUAUUUUUCAAGCUAACCCUUUGAAGAAAUGUGUUCAAGGUAGGAAAAUAUAAAGUUUUUUAGUUAUUUGUAAAUUUA